AUGAUAAAGUAUUUAGUAUUUGAUUAAAAUUAAAUCAAGCACGAAAAAACCUUAAAAUUUGAUGAUUUUUCUAUUGUAUUAAGUACUACAGACAUAAAGGAUUAGCAAAGUUUUAUAGGAAUUAAAUUUAUUAUUAACAAUUCUUUAAUUCAAGAAGAUUUCAAUAUAGAGAAAUAGAAUGUAUUAGAUCUUAUACAUAAAUCUACUUAAGAUUUAUCAAGUACGCAUGAGCUAUCUUAAAGCGAAGAUGAAAAAUUACUUUUAAAUUUUGAGUAAAUGAUUAAUUGCAUUAAAAAUAAAACAAAAUGCUAAUUUUUCGAUCCAUUAAAAGUUCUCCAAAAUAAAUCUUUAAUCAAUAAAUUUAUUCAUUUUGGAGAAGAUUUUACUUUGAAUAACUCAUAAGAUAGAAUACCUAAAUAAAUGAAUAGUGUCGUUCAUCACUUUUUUAGCAUGUAAAAAGAUAUUAAAAGUUAAAAAUCAAGAAAAUUACUAUAAUGCGAAGGCUGUAAUGAUUGUACUACAUUUGUUAUCCAAACUGUUUGUAAUGAAGAAUGCAUUCUAGGAUAUUUUCCUAAUGAAGUAUUUUUUGGAAAGUAAUGUAAAAAAUGUCAUUAAAGUUGUUUAGGAUGUGAUAAAGAAGGACCUAACGGGUGUACAUCUUGUGAUUAAGAUUCAUAGCUUUAUUAGAAUAAAUGUUGUAGAAUAAAAAAUGGUGAAUUUUACAAUUAGUAAACGAAAAAAUGUGAAUAGUGUCCAUAAAAUUGUUAAAUUUGUAUUGAACCUAAUAAUUGCAAGUAAUGCAUGGUUAACUAUGAAUUAAACUCAUUAAAUUAAUGUUUAUGCCUCUAUGGCUAAUACUUCGAUGAUAAUACGAAAUCUUGCUUAGAUUGUGAUAAAUCAUGCAAAACUUGCAAAUAAACUUCUAAGAGUUGUACUUCAUGUUAAGAUUUUCAAUUUUUAAACACUUAGAGUCUAACAUGUUAAAACUCUUGCGAUCAAGCUGGAUAUUAUGCUUUAGAAAAAAAUUGUUUGCCUUGUGAUUCAGCAUGCUUAACUUGCUCUGGAUCUUCUAAAAAUUGCACUUCUUGUAAAUUUGGUUAAUUAUUAAAUAUUUAGUCUUAAACUUGUAUAGAUGAGUGCCCAACAAACGGAUUUUAUAUUGAGAAAAAAAAAUGCAUACCUUGCGAUUCCUCUUGUAGUACAUGUUCAGGAUCUUCUAAAUGUACUACUUGCGCUAAGAAUUUUUAUUAAUAUGGAGGAGAUAAUCUUUGCAAACCUUGCAAUAAUACUUCCCUUAAUCCUGAUAUUAUUACUUAUUAAAUAGCUCCAUAUAAUGCUGAAUUAAAAACAAUAAGUUUGUAAAUCGACCCUCUUAAGCUAAUCCAAAAUAGAGAUUACACAAUUAUUUCAUAGCAAUAAAGUGAUAAUAAUUUAAUAUUCUAAUCCAUUUACUAAGUUUAAAAUACAAUACUAACAUCUGAUUAUGUUAACAUUAAUUUAUAAAAUAAACAAAAUGCUGUAAAUAAUGUAAAAAGCUUAGGAUAAAGCUUAUCUACAUAAGAAGGACUUAUUUAAUCUAUAAUUAAUAUUCUUAAAAACUUUUAAAUUUUGUGUUUGCUUUCUAACUUCGUUCAAUUAUUAGGACCUCUAAUUGUUUUUAAAGCAUAAUUACCUUAGCCUUUAUAUACAGGAGCCCUUUUAGGAGCAUCUUUUAUUUUUACAGAAAUUCCAAGCCCAGAUGAGCUAAGUAUUAAUUCAAAUACAACAUCAAAUGAAGAUAUUGAUAACCAUAAGAAGCUUUUAUAAUAACUUGGUUUUAAAGAUAAUAUUUAUCAAAAUUUAGCCCUCCCACAUUUAUUGUUAAUUAUAUCAGUAAUUAUAUCUUUAUUGUGUCUAUUUGCAAGAUAGGUCAUAGAAGGUAAGCAAUAUACUAUUAGAAUAGUGAACUUCUUGGUUAAUAUUAUGUCAUAAUUGCACCAAGGAUAUAUUUCUUGCACCUUACUUAGUAUAUAUUACUCUUUAGAAUACUCAUCUCAAAAAUAGUAUGCAAUAAUGCAAUUACGAGAGGAUGGAGAAGCUAUUUGGUGUUGA